CUCUCUUCCUUGACCAUUCGGUCCGGCCGGUCUAUCGGGGCCGCUAACACAGAAAUUCACAGCUUCCACAUUUUGAAAACAAGCGAACAUGUCCUUCCUACGGAGUAUGUGGCAACGGUGCUUCUGGCGACCAUAUCUUGUAGGCAAAGACUUAGAAGGAAAUCGAUAUUUCGAGUUCCCUAACCGGGGGGGCGAUCGUCCAAAACGCAUUAUACAGUACACCAGCGACGAUGAUAUGUUGGCUUACGUUGCUAGUGGGAAACGCUUACCAGUGCAAUGGUCAUCUUGGUUGACCUAUACUAGACGUGACGCUCCGACAAUAGAGGAGGUUCAGGCGGACUUAGCAUAUCGGAAACGGGUACAAAUGAACGCUGCCAGACUCGAGGCGAAGGAAAAGGAAGAGCGCGCUCGCCUGGCAUCUCAGACUGCUUUUCAGCUUUCGCAUGCGCUGAGGGCUGGCAUACCGAAACACGUGGAGCCUCCUUUGGAUCCCAAAAAAGCACAAUCGGACCGCCGGGAACCAGACACGAAGGCGUAUGACCCAUGGGCAACUGCCAAUAAAACUCCCGAAGCACCACAAUCGUGGACUCCAACAGCUCGUCACAGGUAACAGCCAGAGAUGUCGUGUGGCUCGGUGGCCUUCUGCUAGGAGGUUUCUCUGUUGGCGACCUAACGGGACUACAUUUUUAUACCCCAACUACGGCAGUUUCGUCUUCAAAUAGAUCUGACGCCUGUGUCAGAGUCGAUAUUCUGCAAUAAUUUCUGAUGAUUAUAAUCGCGCUCUUUGGUAUGCUAGCAGUUUGCCCGUUCAUCAGCGAGCAUUAGUG